AUGAGAGCCACGACACGUUUGCUAAUCAGCAACAAUGCAAUUCUUCUACAAGCCGCCAGAAAAGCCAAAACAGCAGUGCAACCGCUGCUUCCUCCUCUACAACUAUACAGACGCAUACUACGAGAGCAUAGACAUUUACCACCUUUACAAAGGGAACUAGGAGACCAAUACGUCAAAAAUGAGUUCAAACUACACAAGAAUACCGAUAAUCCAUUGCAUAUCGUUGGCUUCCUCACAAGCUGGCAGGAUUACCUGCAUACGAUAACCAAAGGUGAAUGGGAAGAGGAAAGAGUAUCAGCCCAAGUACUGGAAAAAUUAUCAUCAGAUCAGGUAGUUCAACUCUAUGAGUUAAUGAAAGAGGCUGACGCAUUAUCAAAGGGGACAUCUACGACCGAAUAG